AACUGCCUCAUUGCCUUGGCAGUAAAAGCAUUAAGAAUCUCAGUGCAGACUAAGCAUAGCGAGUGUGCAGAGUCCAGAGGAAGGGUCACUAGUUCCCGUGGGAGAUUUAGCAUUCCAGAAGACAACAUCGGCCCUGAAGACUCACCUGUGACACUGUACCCAGAAGGAUUUCAGAAUGCUCCGGGGUCGGACCAUCAAACUCGUCCUCUACGAGGUGCUGCAGUUCGCGGCGCUGAGCGUGCCUGUGUUUGUUGUCAUGGAGCGUUUUGCGGCGCUAAUGCGUCACGUGAGAGGGGGGGAUCUGACGGCCUACUGGCUGGUGGUGGCGGCGUCCAUCGCCUACGUGACCUCGGUCACUCUGCUGGUGUGGGUCCCUCUCAAGUACCUCAUCAUCAAGCAACGCAGGUGCAUCACGGAGAUCACGCAGUGGAGACCAACAACAUUGGCCUAUGUACUGCUUGCCACAUUACCAUGUUUUGCGAUCAUAAUAGCCAGCUCCAAGGUGCAGGUGGACCGGGGACUAAGGUAUGACCCCCUCACUGAGCUUCCUGUUUCACUGGUGUUCCUCUCCCUCAUCUGUGUGGACAUCAUAGAAAGGAUUCGACCCUGUCGACUCACUGGCAAAGUGGACAGCCUUGAGUUUGACCUUGACAUCCCCGGCCCAGUCCUCACCCACCUGGAGCAGGUCAGCACGGUGGCGGGCCAGCUGUACUCUGACAGAGUCCAGAACGGGUCACCGGCCCAACCCGACAACAGGAACGGAACCGCCACCGAGCGAUGGGGCGACCGGGACCAGUACAGCCUGUCAGCAACCAGCUCACGACCUGCUAGCGCCGCUUACCUGUACUCGUCUUCAGGCUCGCCCUCCGGCCUGCUCCGCUUCCUGUGGGCGCGGGACACGAGGUCGGAGGUCGUCGUGGACAGCUUCCUGUUCUGGAUGGACACGGUGGAGAUGGUGCGCGUGGCGGGGGAGCCUGCCGUCUUCUUCUCGGGCUGGGUGAUCCCCGUCUACAUCCUGGCUUACCUGUCCAUGCUGAGACUGGUCAUCACGCCCCAUAAUGCCUUGCUGUCCUCGGCCGGGUUUGUCACGCAGGAUUUUCCUUUCCUUGUCGUGCGGAUUGCUCUGAUCAUUGUGUUUGGUUACGUGACACCUGUACUGUAUCCUGUGAAGAAUCUGAUGGUGUGUCUCGCGUAUAUUUAUUUCAAUUUUUUGACGAAGCUGAAGUUAUUUGGGAGGGAAAGCAUGUUCUGAGGUUCCACCUACUGGAGAUCAA